AUGACGAAGUCGAGACAUAUGUCUAAAAGUACUAGUCUUAUAAGUAACACUGAUUAUAGUCUUCAACUGAAUCGAUGGUUCCUCAAACCAAUUGGUAUAUGGUCACAAAUAAACGGCUCAAGCAAGAUACUCGUAUUGUUACACAUUUUUAUUUGCGUGAUCGUGGUGGCAUGUAUAAUGAUACCAUGCGCACUAUUUGUGUUAUUCGAGGAUGCCAACAUCAAACUAAAGCUGGGCGCCGUUGCUCCGUUGAUUCACAGGGUUAUGGGUUCGGUAAAUUAUUACGUGCUUUUGAGACGCAGUGGCGACAUUCGUAAAUUAAUACAACACAUGGAAGCAGAUUGGGAAAUCAUAAAUAGAAUCGAAGAUCGCAAAGUAAUGUUGCAAUACGCCAAGUUCGGUCGUUUCGUCGCUGGGAUCUGUGGGGCGAUUAUGUAUGGCAGUACAUUACUGUUUAGCAUAGCCAAGGUGAUGAAGACUGUACCUGUCACUAUUGGCAACGAGACCUUUAGGAUGCACCCGAUGACGUGUCCGGUUUAUAGCAAGAUCGUCGACACGAGAUUUAGCCCUGCGAAUGAAAUCGCAUUGGUUGUGCAGUUUAUGUCAACAUUUGUAGUGAGUUCAUCUACGAUCGGUGGUUGCAGCCUGGCUGCCGUCUUCGCAAUGCAUGCCUGUGGUCAACUGAACGUGCUAUACACGUUGUUACAUAAACUUGUAGAAAAUCAGAAGGGAAAUCACGUAGCCGAAAGAAAAAUGACCGUUAUCGUGGAGCAUCAUCUCAGAGUAUUGAGUUUUAUAGCACGCGUGGAAAGUAUAAUGAAUAAGAUCUCUCUUGCGGAAUUGAUGGGAUGUACGAUAUGCAUGUGCUUAAUGGGAUAUUACCUUCUUUUGGCUUUGGAAGAUUUCGAUGCAACGAAAAUAACAUCUUAUAUUAAUGUAUAUUUAUCGAUGGCGUUCAAUAUUUUUAUAUAUUGCUAUAUUGGAGAAAUUAUUACAGAACAGUGUAAACAUGUCGGGGAAAUGGCAUAUAUGACCGAUUGGUAUAAUCUACAUCACAAAACUGCACGUGGUCUUAUUUUAAUAAUUGCACGAUCAAAUAACGUGAUGAAGAUCACUGCAGGAAAAUUAUUUCAUUUAUCUGUCGCAACUUUUGGCGAUGUAAUUAGAACUUCCAUGAUAUAUUUAAAUCUUUUACGAACAUUAACUAUGUGAAACAUAACAGGUUCAGGAAUGUGUAAAAUAUAUUUUAUACGGAAUAAGGAAUGGAGGAUAAAUAUGUCCUCUAAAUCAAGAUAAAUAAGAUUAAUUAUUACAUUCGAAUGACACAGAAUUGUUAGCCAUUAAAUUAUUUUCAAAGGUUUAUGCAAUAUAAAUUUCUAAAUUUUAUCACAUAAUUCUGGGGAGGGAAAGGUAUUAAUGUUC